GUUAUGUCACCGAGGAUGUUGCUCGUGAGGGAAACUUGCGAACAGUGCCCCUGAACGCGGGAACACUGCACAGCCGAACGAAACAUGGGCUUGUACUUAAAUACAUGUUUGCGAUGGAUAUUUUGGAACGGGCUGGUGCUACUGAUCCUGAGCAGAUUGACACUCGGAGCCUCAUUCUAUGGUGACGGUUUUGUGCACCUAAAGACGAUGACCUCGUCCCCCCACACUUCCCUGCAGAUCCGCUUCCGCACCCCCAGCUCCAGUGGACUCCUCUUCCUGGCAGCGGGACAGACGGACUUCCUCCUGGUGGAGCUGGUUUCUGGCCUCCUGCAGGUGACAUUGGAGCUUGGCUCUGGAAAGCAGGUUCUUCAUUCAGAGAGCGGAAGCCCCCUGAACGACAUGGCUUGGCACUCGAUUACACUGCUGCACGAGCACUAUGAUGUCACACUGACCAUGGAUAAUCGACCUCUGAGCAGCCUGAAGAUGCGCGGGUCAGAGAAGGAGCUCAUUGUGGAGGACGGGCUUUUCCUGGGUGGGUUGGGAACCCUAGUGAAGCCGUACCUCCUCCGCAAUCAGACAGGCUUCCGUGGUUGCAUAGACAAGGCGGUCUUCAACGAGCAUGUCCUCCUGUCAUCGUUGAGGCCUUGCCCUGGCUUCAGAGCCGUCCACGAGGUUCACCCGGGCUGUGGUUUGCAGUUCUCUGCAGGCAUAGACGACCCUGUGGCCCUGUUGACCUCGAGAGCUUACAUGGCCCUCCCGCCCUGGAACGCCCUGCCAGAGGGUCGGUUUGAGUGCCUGGUGCGGACCUCAACCCAGGAAGGGAUCAUCCUAUAUAGCUCAGCCCAUCAAGGCGGCUUUGUUGCCUUGGAGAUUCGUGAGGGUCUGCUGGUCGCUGUUGUGGGCAAAGGGCAGAUUCAGAACCAGUUACGCUGCCUUUCUUUACUUAACAAUGGCCAAUGGCAUUCUAUCAGGCUCCAUUUUACCACCAGGAGCCUGACCCUGAAGGUGGACAUGGAGACUGUGCAAGUAAGUAUCAACUCCCCCUCCCAGCUUCUACACUUGACCGGCCCCCUGUAUGUAGGGGGAGUGGGCGAUGCUAUCCACAUGGAGGUCAGAAAAAUGGGGCUGGUCUCUGGGUCCAGUAGACAUUUGAGAGGAGACUCUUUCCAAGGCUGUUUGAAGAACAUCUCAGUCAAUGCAGUAAGGAUUGGUCUUCCCAAUGCUAUAGUGACAAAAGACAUAUUUGUGGGCUGUGAGCAAGAGAAAAAAACUGAAACUAACAUGACAAGAACUGUUCAGGAUGCUCUAACUCUCUCUGUCAGCCCAGCACAAACAGUGCACUUAAACACCCUCAUAGAAGGUCUUGAGAAUAAUCAUGAACAGAACUUCCUGAUUCUCAGGGACCUUGUGGUUACAGAGGGUGGCUACGCUGUUCUGGAGUCAAAACACAUCAAGUUGAAUCUGGAUUCUCAAAACAUGGAGGUUAGCCAGUCACAGAUAAGGUUUAGGAUCAAUGAGCAACCAGUUCAUGGCCAGUUGAGGCUAGAUGUUGACCAAGAUCAAGAGGAGAAUACCUUUAGUGUGUUGGAUUUGCAGCAAGAGAGGGUUUUGUAUGUUCACAGCGGUUCUGAAGAUCCGCUAGACUCCUUUGUGUUCUCAGUCUUUACUAACAGUGACAGGGAAGCCCACAAUUACCUGAAUGAAAACAUUACAUACAGGUACAACAUAACAAUCACGCCAACUAAUGAUGCUCCUGAAUUGAGCCUUCCGGGUGGGACCCUCUUUGUGCUGCUGGAGAAUUCCAAAAAGCUCCUCACCCCUGAUGUGAUAAAAGCUACAGACAUAGACAGUGACUCUGCGGACCUGGUCUUUUCUGUGUUAGGUGGUCCAAAUGCCGAUGGGGGGUUUCUGGAGCACAACAUUAACCCUGGCAAAGCAGUAACUACCUUCACUCAUUCUGACUUGGAGGAUGGGAAGGUCAGAUAUAUCCACACAGGGGCCAGGAACCACAAGAUGCCAUUCAAGGUCAGUGACGGAGACAAAGACAGCAACACCGUGGUCCUCAGGAUAAUGGCCAUUCGAUUGGAGUACAAAAUUGCCAACAACACCGGUCUGGAAGUCACACAGGGCUUGAUGGCUCUGAUAGGCUCGCAGCACCUGGCGGUGCAGACAAAUGCCAUAAAUCAAACAGUGGAAAUCCGCUAUGAUAUAAUAGAGCCGCCUCAGUAUGGGGAACUCCAGAGACUACACAGCAGCGGUGAAUGGAAGCCUGUCAGCACCUUCUCCCAGAGACUCCUGGAGAAGGAGCGCCUGAAGUACCUUAGCACCUUCGGCGAAAUCCAGUCUGGCAACAUCACAGAUCACUUCAAGUAUAAGGUCAAGGUGGGCCCCAGAGACUCCGAUGAGCUUGUGUUUCCAAUCACAGUUAAGUGGGUGCACUACAAGCUAACGAGGAAUGAAAUUCUGAAAGUCAACAGAAUGCGGAGAGUCGUGCUGGACUCGCAGCACCUGCACGUCAUUGCCCAAGGUGUGCCGCUGUUGGAGAGAGAGCUUUACUUUAGUCUGACAACAUUGCCAAAGAAAGGAAACCUUCUGCUCAACAACACAAUCCUGAAUAAGAACUCCACGUUCAGCCAAAGGGACGUCACUGAUCUGAAGGUGCAGUAUGAGAUGGUAGAUCAACCCCGCAUUGAUACACAGGAUAUGUUCACCUUCCAGGUGUUUUCUAAGCACGCACGGUCAGGGAAUUAUGUAUUUAGAAUUGCCAUUGAGGUAGACAUGGACACCAUUUUCUUAGAAAAUAAUGGCCUGUCCGUAAUGGAAGGAGGAAAUAAGCGUGUCACUACGGAUGCUCUUUAUUCAGAAACUCUGGGAGCAGAGGCUAUUUACUACACUAUCACGAAUGGUCCCAAACAUGGGAAUAUAAAGUUCUAUAACUCUACAUUGUCCAGAAAUAGCAUCAUGGCCUUCACAAACCAGGAUAUCUUAGAGGAGCGGAUAACAUAUAUCCAUGAUGGCAGUGAGACCGUUCAUGAUGAGUUCACAUUUAUAGUUUCAGCCAAUCAGACACCAGAGCCUGUUUUGAACUGGAGCACCAUAGCAGUGGAGAGUGUAUUCAACAUCUCCGUACAGCCAGUCAAUGACGAGAAACCCAUCCGUGUGGUCGAUAAAGUGUUCCAUGUGGUCAGGGAUGGACAGAAGCUGUUGACGCUGGACGACCUGCGUUUCCAUGACCCGGACUCGGACUUCGAUGAUGAGCAACUGGUCUACACCCGCCGUGUUGUCCCUAUGGGGGAACUGGUGAUGGUGAACGACACCUCACACAAACUGUAUAGGUUUUUACAGAAAGACCUGGAGCAGAAGCAGGUUCUUUUUGUCCACCGAGGGGUAAGCUCUGGCCGUUUUGUACUCUUUGUCUCCGACGGGAAACAUCACACUUCCACGUUACUGGAUGUCAGUGCACAUGACCCCUAUCUUAAGGUAGCCAAUAGAACAGACCUGCUUGUCCAGAAGGGUCAGGCAAGGGUCUUUAGUUCAUCUAAAUUCAGCAUGGAAACCAACAUGGAUGUCAGGAAUGACAGGGAGAUUGUUUACAAGAUGGCUGUCCCUCCAAAGCAUGGUGGCCUAUACAAUGGUGACAAGAUGGUGGACUCCUUCACUCAGCAGGACCUGAACAUGGGCCAUUUGUUCUAUCGUCAUGAUGAUAGCGGCAACUUAAAGGACUCUUUCAAUUUCACUGUAAGAGUUAAAGAAAUUCGCCUAAAUGCGGGGGUUAACGUGAGAGUGUACUUCAGAAACCAACCGGGACCUCUGAAAGUCAUACAUAAUACAACUCUACUGGUGGAGGAGAGCAAGUCUGUGACUAUCAAUAAAACAGCUCUGGAGGUUGCCCAUGAGGACGGCCUGUCGUCUGAGAUUGUAUACACGGUGAAGACCCCCCCAGCUCACGGCUAUCUCUGGAGGUUUGCCAAAAGUGGGGCACGUAGCUCAGGCACUGAGCAGAUGGCCAUCGGGACCUUCUCCCAGACAGACCUGAAUGCUGGAAUCAUCCGGUAUGUGCAGAUGGAGCCCGGGCAGACCCAGGACACCUUCGUGGUGGAGGCCACUGAUGGGGUCACAGAAGUCGGUGACAUACACAUGCUAGUGGACAUCAUUCCCCUCUAUAUCCCGCUGUGGGUCUCCAGUGUGACUGUGCAGGAGGGGGGUUCUCAGGUUCUGAGUGAGGAGGUCAUUAAAGUCCCCGACCACCGCUUUUUGGGCCCAAACCUGCGCUACACUGUGAUCGAUCCGCCUCAUCAGGGACACAUCGAGCACACCUACUUCCCUGGCAUUCCCAUCACCACUUUCACCAGGAAGCAGGUUGAGCGAGAGUUAAUACACUAUGUCCACGACAGCAGUGACGCUGUUGAAGACAGCUUCACCGUGAUCGUUAGUGACGCUGGUCUCGGGAAAGAGAGCCUGCCCCAGACAGUGCACGUGCGAGUCUCCCCUGGCAACAGCAAUGCUCCAGUCAUCACGGCCAACCGGAUCCUGAGGGUGUGGGAGGGGUCUAGCAUGGAGAUCAGCCCCCACGACCUCUGUGCCUGGGACAAAGACACACCCCCUGAGGAGCUGUAUUUCAGCAUCACCCCGCCCACCAAUGGCCACCUGUCACUCAAGAGCACACCCAGCAGGCACGUCCUGAACUUCACCCAGGCUCUCAUCAACCAGGGCCAGCUGCUCUUCAUCCACCACGGUGUCAGGACAGGGGGGUUUAACUUUCAGGUGGAUGACGGGGUGAACUUUGCCCCCCCGCAGACCUUCAGGGUCGUGGCAACAACUUUGGUCCUCCAGAUACAGAGGAACCGCCCCCUACAAGUGGUCCCAGGCUCCACAACAGCCAUACACAGGGAUGACCUGCUGGCGGUAACCAAUGAUGAGGAUGACAGUGGGAACCAUGCUGUUCUCUUCAGUGUGACCAGUCCACCAGGGCAGGGGUGGCUUGUGAGCAUUGGCCCUGAGAGUACAGCAGAAAUAUCAUCCUUCACUCAGGAAAUGGUGAAUGAGGGUGUGGUUGCGUAUAAACACAAACGUAGGCCCGUGGGAGAGGCCACCUCAGAUACCUUCACCUUCACCGUGUCUUCACCGCCUGCCGUCCUCCGAGCUCAGACGUUCCACAUCCACAUCAGCCCCAACGCUGGCCCCGAAGGAGUGAACCUCCUCCUCAGCAACACGGGUGCUGUUGUGACUGAAGGUGAAGGAGUCAUCAUUGACAAGUCAAAGCUGGACGCUUCAAACCUCCUGGACAGAGUGCCUGAAGUGUGGCGUCACAACUACGAAAUCUGGUAUCGGGUCACAACCCUCCCCAAACAUGGUGUCAUCGCUGUGGGCCGGGAGAACCUGACCAAUCAGAAUCCCACCUUCUCCCAGUCCAUCCUGAAUGAGCAAGGGAUCACAUACCUGCACGAUAACUCUGAGUCAGUACAGGACACCUUCGCCUUCAGAGUGCGGUUGGAGCGGAAGAGUGGGGCGGACCAGUGGUGGGGGGACGACAGAGAGAUGGAGGCCUCCUUCCACAUCACCGUGACACCUGUUAACGACCAACCGCCGCUGCUCAAAACCUUGGCCCCCAGUCUGUUUGUGCCCCAGGGACAUUCAGUGGCCUUGGGGCCAGAUAACCUCAACGUAGAGGAUCUGGACAACCCUCCCGAGGACAUCAAGUACACCGUGGUCCGGGAACCCGGCAACGGAUUUCUGGCCCGGGAGGGACGUUUGGACGAGCCCAUACUGGCCUUCACCCAAGCCGACGUCAACAGCGGGAAGGUGUACUUUGUUCAUGAUGGAAGCCCCUUCUCCGGGCUCGCCUACUUGAGUGUGUGGGACGGGACGCACCGGCAGGUCUACACCCUGUUCCAUCUGCAGGUGUCUGAGGUCGUCUCUCCCACACCCAACCCUGGUCUGAUACUGGAGCAGGGCCAGACCUCAGUGAUCCUGACCCGCGAACUCCUGGCUGCAGUGACCGACGAGAAAGACGCACGCAUCCGCUAUCAGGUGACGAGGCCACCUCGCUACGGCAAGCUCCUCAUGGACAACGAAGAAGCAACCCUCUUCGAUCAAGGAGACCUGUGGUUAGGAAAGGUGUCCUAUCACAUGGUGGAUCUGUCAUCGUCCCACGAUAGCUUUGAGUUCACCGCCUUCAUGUUGGAUCGUAACGUGACUGAGCAGUCGGUCAACAUCACUGUGAAACCCCUCAUGCGACUAGGGGCAGGUGCAAGGUUCCCGAAUGGCGUUGCUGUAAAAUUGGGGAAAGACUUCCUCGACGCCACCGUUUUAGCGGUCUUGAGCGGCAGUGAUCCUCAGUUUGAAAUCCUCCCCCCUCAGAGGCAUGGUGAGGUGGUCCACAUUCUGCUCACCAAGGAUGGGGCAUCCCAGCCUGGCACCUCCUUCUCCUUCAAGGACGUGGAGCAAGGAAGGCUGUUCAUCACAGUGACCGCAAACUUGGUCGGAGUCCAGGAACUGAACAUCUCGAUUCCGUUCAUUCUGAAAGCGGACAACGUUCAACCUGCCAGGGGCGAUUUUCUCUUCACCGUUUUGCCGAAUGACCCUGCAACAACAAAAGACACAACCAAAGCUGUCCCCAUCCCGACUCUUACUCCCCCCAUUCUCAACCAGACCCAAGAGGACCUUCGCAAUACAUCAGUCCCACGGAGACCCCCUAAGAUCUUCCAGGGGCUGAACGGGCGAAACCGCUGGGGCAGUCAUAAUCGGAGCAUAGCUUUAUUACGCAACAUCCCGAGAGCCAAUUGGGGCAUGCGGGACAUCACCUAUAGCAAUAGCAGUAUAAGGGCAAAGUCCUUCCCCACGACUUCCAGCAGUCUGAUCAUAAUCCUGCCAGUGCUGGCCUUCCUGCUCCUCACCACCACCCUGGUGGGGCUCGCCCUGGUGUCCUGCUACCACAGUAGGAAGCAGAGGGCCGUUUCCCAGAACCUCUCCGCCAAUGCGGCCCCCCGAGGCCCUGACCCCGACCAGCUGGAGACCAACAUGGCCCCCCCUUCUCUUAUCUGCCCCAAGCUGACCCUCAGCUGCCCAGACAGUCCCAUGCUAGGCCGACCAGGUGGGGGUGCUCUGGAUCCUGUUGCCGGUCUAAAGGACCCCUCCCUGCUGCUCUGUGGGUUGGACCAUGAAUCUGCCCAACUCUGCCUGGCAGCCAACUCCGCCCUGCAACACAAGCAGUACUGGCUGUGAUUGGCUCAACCCAGCUCCACCCUACAACACAAACAGCGCUGAUUGGCUCAACCCACUCCACCUACAACACAAGCAGUAAUGACUCUGAGGAGUACUCUGGCCACUGGGGUGUCAUUAUGUUUAAUUUUGUUUUUUGAAGCCUGUUUGAAGUAUAGCUUCUUAAAAAGGCCAAUGAAAUAAUGGAAAAUAUUUAAAAUCUUGCUGUGAGAUAAUGGAAUAUUUAUGUAAUUAUUACUGAACUAAAUACUUUUUACUCCAUCCAACAAAUUUGACUGGACACUGAAAUUCAGUCUAUUAAAUCUAGUGGGUCCUAGAAUUAUUUAAUAUGAUAUAUUUAAUAUUUAAUGAUGCAAAGCCUGCAGAGUUAGUUUGGGCAGACAACUCGAGAAGUGUCGCCCCCUCACAUGAUCCUUAUGUCUAAUGGGAGGGGCUAUAUAAACCACCAACCAAGCUUGCAUCUACAUUAAACCUCAUGAGAUAUUGCUUAAUUCAUCAUGAGUUGUCUGACUGAACUAGCAUUUGUAAUCAUAGUAGUUUUACAGAUAAAAACAAGAAAGCUAGCAUUGGUUUUGCUUUGAGCUUUCUUUAGACCUGCCACUGAUGUAUUUAUUCAAAAUAAGCUCAGAACUUUGUAUGAGGAUGUAACUCAAAAAUAAUUUACAUUUUUCUUGUGAAUCUUGUGAAUAUUUCAUAGAAUGAUUAAAGAUACAAAUCUGCUCUGUUUUGACGCUGCCAUAAUUUUACAUUUCCAAUAAAGUUAUUUUCCCAUGUAAAACUUUGUAAAACACACGGGUAGUAUUGUAUCAUCAUAUUUCUCUGUUGCACAAAUAUGAUAUAUGCUACAAUUAAGUGUAAUGUGUAGUUAUCUAUGGUUGCUGCUAUUUUUGUCAAAUAUAUUUAGUGUAUUUGUAUGAAUUUUAAGUGCUUAGUGUAUUGUAUUGCACUGAUUACUGAAUAGUGUCCACAAUAUUUGUCCCCCUUUGGAGAAAGCAAUGCUUGUUGGUCUUCAGCCAGUAUUCUUACAGAUGGUUUUCUUGUAGAAGGAUCAUACUGAAAUAUCUGUUUCAGUAUUUUAAGAUCCCUGUUGUGUUUGGUAAUAUUGGUCAGAUAAAGACUCAGAACCCACUUCAACUUGCAUUCUAGUAAGUCUUUACAUUAAAUAUUUACAUUCAUGCUAGUGUCAGCACUCUUCUAAAAUUACUGU